GGUCUCUUUCUGGUUUGGAAGGCGUCUUGUCGUCAGCCUCGGCUCCAUUGAUCUCCUGAAACAACAUAUUAACCCCAACCGGUUGUAGGACUGAAAAUGUAACCCUGGAGAUAUUUUCAAGACAAGGAGAAAGGAAGAAGUCUGUGAAAGUGCUGGCAGAACAGAGCUCUCUCCAGAGACAGUUUGUGCCUUGUGGAGUCACUGGCCUCCCGCAGCUGUGGAGAAAUGGCCAUUUCCCAAAUGGUGCAGAGCCAGCCCUCAGCAGAGGGCAACCUGGGUGCUGCAGCCCUGAGAGCACAGCAGUGAGUGUAUCACUUGUGUGGGACUGCCAGUUUGGACUAAGGACAAGGGGAGGAAAAAACGGAGCCUGUGGCUGAUCCAGCAGCUUGCUCUCAUAUGCACCAGGAAAACUUUGCAGUUCCAGCAGGUGUUGGUGUUAAGCAUCCUCCAGCCUCUCUAGAUGCCUCUGCUUUCUGGAUUUGCUGUGUGGGCUUUACCACCUGCCAUCUGUCUUUCUGGCUACCCAGCGUUGUGCCAAGCUCUGCCAAGGCCAGUCGGCAGGGAACUAUGGCAUGAAUAGCAGCAGCCAGUCCAUGACAAAGUACCUUGGAGGAGGAAUUGUCAGCAGCAGCUAGAGUCACAUAACAGCCUGCUCCACGUGGAGAGCCACAGUGGAUCCCUUUGAGACAAUGCUGAAGUCCCUCUUGAGAUACCAGUCCAGCCUGAAUGGGGAUACAGGAGAGAGCCACAUGAGGAGAAAGCUGUAUGAAAACGGUGUGACCAAGUCCUUGCAAAGUAACAUUGCUCUCAUCCAGAAGCUGUCAGAAGAGCUGCUAGCCAAAUGGCUCUCCCUUCCCGAGUCACAACAUGUGCCACUCUGCCAGCACAUGCUGGGCUUUGCCAUGAAGUCUGUCACGCAGACAGCUAUGGGCAGCAGCUUUGAAGACGACCGGGAAGUCAUCCGAUUCCGCAGGCACCAUGAUGCAAUCUGGUCAGAGAUUGGGAAAGGUUUCUUGGAUGGGUCUCUUGACAAAAACAUGACUAGGAAGAAGCACUACGAAGAUGCUCUGGUGGAGAUGGAAUCCGUCUUAAGGAAAGUUACAAAAGAGCGCCGAGGCAGAUCAUUCAACAAGCAUGUCUUUGUAGACAUCUUGCUGCAAGGGAGCCUGAGUGACCAGCAGAUUCUGGAAGAUACAAUGAUUUUCACCCUGGCAGGAUGCAUAAUCACUGCUAACUUGUGUACCUGGGCAGUCUAUUUCCUGACAACCUCAGAAGAUGUCCAGCAGAAUCUCUACAAGGAAGUGGACCGCAUUCUGGGGAAGGGACCAAUUACACUUGAGAAAAUUGAGCAGCUCAGGUACUGUCGGCAAGUCCUGUGUGAGACAGUGCGAACAGCAAAGCUGACUCCCAUUGCUGCACAGCUGCAGGAGCUGGAGGGCAGAGUGGACCAACACACUAUCCCCAAAGAGACACUUGUGCUUUAUGCUCUUGGUGUGAUGCUGCAGGAUAGUUCAUCUUGGCCAUCACCAUACAAGUUUGACCCAGAGAGAUUCAAUGAGGAAUCAGCCAUGAAAAACCUGUCCUUGUUGGGUUUUUCAGGAAGCCAGGAGUGCCCGGAGCUGAGGUUUGCCUAUCUAGUGACUACAGUCCUGCUGAGUGUGCUGGUAAGGAAACUGUAUCUCCACCCAGUGAAAGGACAAGUCAUGGAGACAAAAUAUGAACUGGUAACCUCACCAAAGGAGGAAGCCUGGAUAACGGUGUCCAAGAGAAGCUAAGAGGAAACAAAAGAAGGGUUUGAAAGUGCCAAUAGUGAAGUUCUGAGCAAGGGUCUUAAGGAGAAUCGUGCUGGCACCAUGUUGACUCAGCCAAGGAAUUUUACAUCCAGUUUUUUUUACCUUCCACAUUCUUAAGCACAUGCCUAUCUUGGGUACUUUUUCUAACUCAACCAGUAGUCAUAUUAAAGUAGAUUUAAUCUGUAUGCCUUUUUUACAUUUGCUUUUGGAUUUCUGGCCAAAUCAUUGCAGAGGAAGCAACAAAACCUUUCAGUGAUAUAUGUAUGAACUAUUGGGUAUCAGCUAGUCAAAGACCAGCCCCUUUCCAAUAGCAACCAGAGCUGGAUAAGAGUGCCUCUGUUAUCCAGUGGAAUGCUUCUUCAUGGAUCCUAACUAGAUAAGAUCUUGGAGACACAAGGACAAAGCCUUUCUCUAUAUAUAGGUAUUUUUAUUCAAAGUGUCUUUCCUUCCCUUGAGCUAUAUCUAUAACUGUCAAGAAGAGCAGAUACAUCUUGUGAGAAGUAUGUGUGAGUGUGAGAGAGAAAGAGAGAAAUAAAGUGGGGUGGGAAUUGCACCAGUUCUCUUGCUGUAUAAUCUUGGCAUGCUGUGGGGUUGCAAGAGAAAGAAUGACUGAGAAAUGCUAGUAAACCAAGAGGAAUAAAAUUGAUUUGGCCCCUGAGAAAACAGAAGUAUCAGUAAUAAUAUAAUGAAAUUAAAUAAAACCAUAGAACAAAGCCCUGAGAAAGGGAUUCUCUAUCCUGAAAGUUCUGAGGGCAGUGUCUAAUAUAAUCUACAUCAGAAGUUGA